AUGCCUGCAGACGACUACGUGCCUGUCGGCGGCGGCGCAUUGAAACUGAAAGGCGCCAAGGUCGAGAAGAAGAAAAAGAAGAAGAGCAAGAAGCCCGAUCUCGAGAAGAACCUCACGGCACCGUCCGAAGAGAGCGAUGCGAAAUCGAUAGCGAGGCAGGACCAGUCGCCCACCGCGGAAGACGAUCGCACAACCAAAGAAGAAGACAGCACGCCAGAGUCGCGGAAGACAGCAGCUGAGCUUCGGUACGAGGAGUUCAAAAGGAAAAGGUUGCUCAAGAUGGCGGAACAAGAGGGCUCGCGACCGGAGCUCAUGAAAACACACAAGGAGCGCGUGGAGGAGCUGAACACGUACUUGUCCAAGCUCAGCGAGCAUCACGACAUGCCCAAGAUUGGACCUGGCUAG